AUGGCAGACGAUCUUGUGAGCUUUUUCUUCUUGAUAAAAAUAUAAUUUCAAUAAAUUUAGGGAUUGGAACUCGGAAAGAAGAAGAAAACGAAAAAGAUCAUCAAACUGGAUGAUGAGGAUGAGGACGAAGCUGUUGUUCCAACUGCCGAGAACAUUAACGAAGAUUUGGGUACGAGGAUUUAUAGAAAAUAUCAAAAGGAUUUUCUGUUCCAGGUGACUUGAAUCUCACCGGCAAGAAGAAGAGAAAAGCGCCAAAAGUCGAUGUUGAAGAUGUCGUCGAAAAGGUUCCUCAACUCGGUAACUAUAACCCUCAUCAAUGUGUAAAGCUAUGGUUGUUUUUGAAGAUAUCGGCAUUGGAGCUUCAAAUUUGAUAGAUGCUUCAAAAACUUGGCCAGACUACACGUACGAAGAAUGCUUAAAUUUGGUUUUCCAAAUAAUGAAAGAAAAGAAUCCCGAACUGGCUGGAGAAAAGAAGAAGUUUGCCAUGAAGCCUCCAGAGGUCCUCUUAGAUUCUUUAAACAAUGUACGAUUUUUUGUUUUAGGUUGGUAGAGCAGGCAGUAAGAAGACGGCGUUCUCUAACUUUGCCGAAAUAUGUCGCCUAAUGAAAAGGCAAGACAAACACGUCUUACAGUUUCUACUUGCUGAGCUCGGUCAGUAAACAGUCACAUUUUGAAACGAAAACAUUUUUUUAGGUACUACUGGAUCCAUCGAUGGCAACAACUGCCUCAUUGUGAAAGGAAGAUGGCAACAAAAACACUUUGAGAGCGUAUUACGAAAGUAUAUAAGUUGGUAUUUCUUUUUUUACCCUAACCUUCGUACAAACAUUUUGGACCAAAGCUUGAAAGUUUAAAAUUAAUGCCCCGCAUACAUAAACUUUUCAUUGAUCUAUAUUUUUCUACUUAUCACAUCAAUUUUUAUCGUUACGCAGGAAAGCAAAGUAAGAUCAGGGUUUCAGAGCGAAUAAUGCGUAGGCUUUUCUGGUGUUUCAUGAUUUCUUAUAUGAUGCAUGUGUGCUCUACAUGCCGUUGUUCAUUUUUCAAAAAUAUCUUCUGUGAAAAAAGUUUGUUUUAGUGAAUGGUUUAAUAUUAAUUUUGCGGCUUUUGUCUUGAAUCGUCGAUUCAUCCAGUUUUGGAAGCUAGAGCACUGGAGAAAAAGAGCGUUUAGGCGAAAGAAGAUAAUCUUUGACCUUCCAACCUGGAAGCGCUAUUUCGCUUUCGAAGGGCCUGGAGCUUUUGUCUCUAUUUUACUCAGAUAAUCUUGAAAUUCCUUUUAGAUGAAAAAUAAAAAAUAUUCGAACUUCGCGUAAAUAUUUUGAAUGAAAUACUUUCAGAGGAGUAUGUUAUGUGUCACACAUGCCGGUCGUCGGACACUCAGCUCGAAAAAGAAACCCGUCUUUUCUUCCUCCAGUGCAACGCCUGCGGUUCAAGAUGUUCUGUCGUCACUAUCAAGAGCGGUUUCACUGCCAUGGUGGGCAAGCGUGCCGCCGCUCGACGCGCAGCUGAAGCAACAGCGGGAAAAUAAUUUUCCACAGCCAACUUUCUUUUCAAAUUUUUCCUUCAUAUUAUUUAACUUUAUUGGUUUGCUACUUGUUUUUUCUCGUUUCUUCUGGUUUUUCACUGGUUUUAUUUACGAUAAAAGUUAAAAAAAAUAACUCUUUCUCACGCUGAAGAUCUCAGUUUAAAAGCUGGAGAACAAUACUGCACAGAAAGAAAAUAUCGUUUUCAUGAAUAAAGUAUUGAUGGCGAAUAUGAAGGACCUCUCGGCGUUAAUCUGUCUACUUAACAAUGCGUCAUUGGAAAAGUUUGUGAAUUUGUUGGAAAGAAACUCCAGGGAUCACUCGCACGGUAUACUGUACAAUCGCCACCAUAAUCCAUUCUUUCUAGUUACAAGAAGGGCCUUGAAAACUAUUCUACAUCGAGUUGCGCUAUGUGAUGAAAGUCUGAAUAAGUGUGAAGUCAUAUUUCGACUACUGAGGUUAUCAUGAUAAGAGAGAGAUAGUGUAUGUUUUUUUUUUGGGUUUCUAGAUUAUUCAAAGAAGAUGCUGUUCGCGACGAGACUUUUCAACUCUUGACGGUGAACAGAAAAAGCGUGACGAAAGCUUGCUUCGAAGUAUUUUCCGAGUUGGUUUCUCAUUCAUUCUUUUGAAACUACUUAUGAUUAAGAAACCACUGGACCUUGACGGAAGAAGAAUGUCUGGAAAUUAUCGAAAUGUUAGAAGAAGAGACUUUGUCUUUCCGCGAUUUGCUUUGUCGUGCUGCUUGGCUCGAUAGGGCCGCCACUCUUCUCCGCCUUUUAAGGUUGAGCAACUUCAGGUGAUACUCAGAAUAAACUCGCGCACAUGAAUCCGAUUUCUCAGAACUGGCCAUGUGGUCCGGAAGCUUGCAAGAAAAGUCGUUUUGAUGAAAAAUGAGGAAGUCUCCAACGCUUUCGUCAGUGAACUCGCAGUCGUCGACGUUUGUCAUCCUCUUGUUGGUUUGUAGCUCUGCUCUGGUAACUUUAUAGCCCGCUAGGUUUCUCAAAGAUUUCUAAACGAAAAGAUCAGAAGUUUUGUUAAGUUAUGUGUUUUUCCAGUAUUAAUUUUAAGUCGUGUCUUCCCGCUGAAAUUCGAGCUUUUGCAAAUUGAAUACAAGUUUUCCCUACUUAACAGGCGAGAUGGGUAUGAAAGAGAUCGGCAAGCGUCUAUCCAUUUCGCCUUCCAAGUCGGGAAGGAUUGACUAUACUUCAGUGUGAAACAUUUUCUUGCAGUUUUUUACUGUCAGCCCAGCACCUCAUCGCUGGUGUUUCCGCAAGUGUUCUCCGCCGAAUACCUUGUCGACCGAGUUCUGUGCUCUUUGACUGAAUUUAUCGAUGAAGUUUUCUCUGAAACGAACGAUGCCGGAUCCGAUUUUCUGAGAAUAGUCUUCAAAAACUUCGAUUUUUUGGUUGGCCUCAUGCAAUCAGCAGGCCAACUUCAUCGCGAGAAUCUUACUCCGAUUUCUGUAAUCAUUUUUCUUAUUUCUAACGAAAAAAGUUAAAUAACAAAGACUAAACUUAGUAGAGGCAGCUCGAAAAAUUUGAGCACUAUAAUGAUGAACAGUGGUCAAUCGGGAGGAGGAUACUAGUAGCCCUUCCAAAUUCGAUCGGCUCAUCUUUAAAAAUCAAGAAUAUGAAAAAAAAAAAGUAGAGAAGUUAGGUUAAAUCCAACGUAAAUGUACAUAGGUAACCAUUUAGGGGUUUGUCCUCUGUCAUGAGAGCUCAAUUUACUCUAAUUUUCGGUUAUUACACGUCAAGAUACCGAUUUUGUGCCUCCAUCUUGCAAUUUCGUAAAGGAUUUUUGAGAAAAUAUGGAAAGUUCGAAAAUUCGAAUAAGUUGACCUUUUUUUGAGAACUUAUGGGUUAUAGGAUCUGUGUUGGCGCAUUAUUUCUUUGACGGACGCUACUGGAAGUGGAGAACUUUCGAAGUUCGUUCCUAUCCUGAGCCAAAUCGCGCUCUCAUUCGAUCCGACUUCCCGCGCACUUUUUCUCAAACGGUUGCUGCAUUUAGCCGCGAGCAACGUUGGUAGCUUCUUCCUUCUGUGAAAGUCAAGAAGACUGUUCAGACUGCCCAGCCUUGCUCCUACGAGCCUCAGUUGGUCGCCGUCAUCAUCGAUGAAUACAAGAAGGGUAUUCGUCUUGAGGAGUUCCAACUUGAGCUGGGCGAGUUAUGGGACGUUUUGAGGCGAAUUCGCUAUGAGAAUAUCUACAAUGCCUCUGCUUUUUACUCGGCCCUUUUCGUCUUGGCUCGAGCACAGGCUCUUCACAGGUUGGGUAUAUUGUUUCCUAGUUAUCAUUCACCAUUUCCUUGCUGAGCUCUUCAAAGACGCAGAAUGAGUUUUAUAAGUAAAAGUUUUCGUACCCUUCUUCGAGUUUUUUAUUCUUCUUUCUUGUAAAAUAAAAGGAGUACCUUUUCAUUAAAGCUCCGAGACUUACAUUUCUCUUUUAUAAGCCCGUUACGCGCCAGAUUGUCACGAUUUUCUUUCUCCGAACUAUGAAGCUCUUUUUUUCGAUGCCGCGGGGUCUGUCUCUGUGCUUGCGCCUCCGAUAUAACGGUAAUUUAUAGGCUAAGGUACAGGCGCAUGCUCAGGGAAAAGCCGCGUUUAUCGAAGAGAAAACUUCUGAAUCUCGGAGGAGGAAAAAAAUCUUGGCAAGCUAGCGCGGAAUGGGAUAGGCCUGACAUCUUCGAAGGCUCAGCCAGCGUUCGGUGGAUCAUUUUAAACAAGAAUCAUUUUAUGACAGAUUGAAGCCGGGAGUCCUAAAUGCUGUGAGAAAUGUCCUUUUCGAGCUCCACGCGCAGAUUGUCGAUUUUCAAAAGGUUUGAUCAUUCAAACUUUGACAAGUAAUGACAUAAAUCAGCUUCAAAACGUUGAUUCGAAGGCGACGAAAAACACGAUGGAAGAAUACGAUGAGCAGAUCAAAAACUUGGGCGCAGAGAUUUUUCCAAUGGUUAUGUACGAGUACGACCUCGCGAUAGCAGACAUUGAAAACGCAAUCGGGAAAUGA